UGCUCACCACGUUAUCCGACGCCCAAGGAUAGCCCACCUUUGACACACUCUCUCUCUCUCGUGGACUACACUUCUCUAACCAACAUACUCUCUCCCAUAUAUAUAUAUAUAUAUAUAUAUUUAUAUACUCACUUGAUCAGCAUACAUAUUCUAGCACCCAUUUUUACCACUCUGAAAGCAGCCCAUUAAAGCUCAGAAUCAAUGGAGCAUCUUGCUUCAUCCAAACAUGGUAUUAAAACUUUAUCAUCCUACUACUCAAUGGUAGUGAGUUCAGGAACUGAUUUCCCACUUAAACCAGUUUUCUUACGCGGGUUUUCUGGUUCCUUACACCUGGUUUUGUUGUUUCUCCUUCUUAUCUUGUGGGUGUGCAAAAAAUUUAGGGUGGGUGGUGGACAGAGUACAAAACAUAGAACCAAAAGCACCAAAUUUUUGUUCUCUAAACAAACUUUUAUUUGUAGUUUGGGUGUUUUGGCGUUUAAUCUUGCUUUGUGUUCAUUGUACUACUUUAAUUGGUAUAGAAAUGGUUGGUCUGAAGAAAGACUAGUGAACCUUUUGGAUUUAGCACUUAAAACAUUAGCUUGGAUUGCCCUUUCUGUUUACUUAUUCUCCAAUUUCAGUGAAUCGGAAUUUCCAUAUUUAUUGAGAGUUUGGUGGGGUUUCUACUUCUCCAUUUCUUGCUGCUGCCUUGUUAUAGACAUUAUUCUUCAAAAGAAACACUUUUCAUUACCCAUUCAUUCCUUGGUGUCUGAUGGCGUGUCUGUUGUUACGAGUUUGUUUUUUAUAUACGUGGGGAUUUUUGGGAAUAAAGAAGGUGAAGAUAGCUCGCUGGAGGAGCCCCUUUUGAAUGGUAGUGCUAGUGUAUGUAACAAUGCAACGUCCAAUGUCUGCAAAGGGGAUGAAACUGUAACCCCUUAUUCAAAUGCUGGAACUCUCAGUAUUCUUACUUUUUCAUGGAUUGGUCCUCUAAUCUCCCUUGGCAAUAAGAAGAUUUUGGACUUUGAGGAUCUUCCUCAACUUGAUCCUGCUGAUAGCGUACCUGCUGCUCUACCAACUUUUAGAAAUAAGCUUGAGUCGGAAUGUGGUACAAUGAACAGAGUCACCACAAUUAAGUUGGCAAAAGCAUUGCUAUUCUCGUCAUGGAAGGAGAUUCUUUUUACAGCCUUUCUUACACUAGUGUACUCGUUGGCUUCUUAUGUUGGUCCCUAUCUUAUUGACACUUUUGUUCAAUAUCUCAAUGGGCGACGAGAGUUCCAAAAUGAGGGCUAUAUUUUGGUUUCUUUGUUUUUCAUUGCAAAGCUUGUGGAGUGCCUUUCGAAGAGGCAAUGGUACCUGAGGAUGCCACUGAUAGGACUAAGGAUGCGGGCUGUGCUGGUUGCAAUGAUCUAUAAUAAAGGAUUGACAUUGUCAUGCCAGUUGAAGCAUGGGCAAAGCAGUGGACAGAUUAUCAAUUUUAUGGCUAUUGAUGCUGAGAGGGUUGGUAACUUUAGUCGGUAUUUGCACGAUCCAUGGAUGGUCCUUGUGCAAGUAGCAUUGGCAUUGAUGAUUUUGUAUAGAAAUCUUGGUCUUGCUGCAAUUGCAGGUUUUAUUGCAACAGUAGUAAUUAUGCUGUUGAAUUUCCCUUUGGGAAACUUGCAAGAGAAGUUGCAGGGAAAACUGAUGGAGUCAAAAGAUAGAAGGAUGAAGUCGACGUCUGAAAUUCUGAGGAACAUGAGGAUCCUCAAGCUGCAAGCAUGGGAGAUGAAGUUUUUAUCUAAAAUUAUUGAGCUCCGGAAAGUUGAAACAGGUUGGUUGAAAAAAUUCCUCUACACAAAAGCCAUUACCACAUUUGUCUUUUGGGGUGCCCCUACCUUUGUCUCUGUGGUCACUUUUGCUACUUGUAUGCUUCUGGGGAUCCCACUUGAAUCUGGGAAGAUCUUAUCUGCGCUUGCAACAUUCAAGAUUCUUCAAGAACCCAUCUAUAAUCUUCCAGACGUGAUAUCCAUGAUAGCACAAACUAAGGUAUCCCUGGAUAGAAUUGCAUCAUUUCUUUGUCUGGAUGACUUGCAAUCUGAUUGUAUAGAGAAAUUGCCAAAAGGGAGUUCUGAUACAGCAAUUAAGAUAGUAGAUGGGGCUUUCUCUUGGGAUAUAUCUUCUCCAACUCCAACAUUGAGAGAUAUAAACAUUCAGGUAUCUCACGGUAUGAGGGUUGCUAUUUGUGGCAGUGUUGGAUCAGGAAAGUCAAGCUUGCUUUCCUGUAUCCUUGGAGAAAUUCCAAAGAUAUCUGGUACCAUUAUACUAUGUGGGACAAAAGCCUAUGUCGCUCAAUCACCAUGGAUACAGAGUGGCAAAAUAGAAGAGAACAUUCUAUUUGGGAAGGAGAUGGACAGAGAUAGGUAUGAGAGGGUUCUAGAAGCAUGUUCCUUGAAGAAGGACCUGGAAAUUCUCUCAUUUGGUGAUCAGACAGUAAUAGGGGAGAGAGGAAUCAAUUUAAGUGGGGGGCAAAAGCAAAGGAUACAAAUUGCACGUGCCUUGUAUCAUGAUGCUGAUAUCUAUCUGUUUGAUGAUCCAUUUAGUGCAGUGGAUACUCAUACUGGAUCCCACCUUUUCAAGGAAUGCUUGCUUGGUCUUUUGAGUUCAAAAACCGUGUUUUAUGUUACUCACCAAGUGGAGUUCUUGCCUUUUGCCCAUCUUAUAUUGGUCAUGAAGGAUGGAAGGAUUACCCAAGCAGGAAAGUACGAUGACAUUCUUAAUUCUGGAACUGAAUUUAAGGAACUUGUGGGUGCGUAUAAGAAAGCCCUGUCUACAAUCAAUAAUGUAAGAGCGCUGACAGUUGAAAGCAUUAGUAUAUCUGAGGAUGAAAGUUUGGCUAGUAAAGAUGAAGUUGUGGAGAAUGAAGAGGAAAAUAUGCAGAAGGGUAAAACUGAUACUGUUGGGCCGAAAGGGCAGCUUGUUCAAGAAGAAGAGAGAGAGAAAGGUAGAGUCGGGAUAUCAGUCUACUGGAAAUAUAUCACAACAGCAUAUGGAGGCGUAUUUGUUCCUUUUAUAUUACUGGCUCAGAUUUUGUUUGAGAUCCUUCAAAUAGGAAGCAAUUAUUGGAUGGCUUGGGCAACUCCUGUUUCAAAGGAUACAAAAGCAGCUGUUGGAGGCAGUACACUUUUGUUUGUCUAUGUGGCUUUGGCCAUUGCAAGUUCAUUUUGUGUUCUUGUAAGAGCUUCACUUCUUGCAACAACUUCUUAUAAGACAGCCACUCUGCUCUUCAAUAAAAUGCACAUUUGCUUAUUUCGUGCUCCCAUGUCGUUCUUUGAUGCAACUCCAAGUGGACGAAUCCUAAACAGAGCUUCUACAGACCAAAGUGUAGUAGAUCUAAACAUUACUUCUAGAAUGGGAUCCUUUGCCUUCUGUUUUAUACAGCUCCUGGGAGUUAUUGCAGUGAUGUGCCACGUUGCAUGGCAGGUUUUUGUAAUUUUUAUCCCUGUGGUUGCUAUCAGCAUUUGGUAUGAGCAGCAAUAUUACAUACCUUCAGCACGAGAACUAGCUCGGUUACGUGGUGUCUCCAAAGCACCAGGAAUUCAACAUUUUGCUGAAACAAUUUCAGGCUCCACAACCAUAAGGAGCUUUGAUCAAGUAACAAGAUUUCAAGACACAAACAUGAAGCUGAGUGACGGAUAUUCGCAGACUAAGUUUUAUGUUCAAGGGGCAAUGCAAUGGUUGGGUUUUCGCUUGGAUAUGUUGGCUUUGAUUACAUUUGCCUUCUCUUUGGUUUUCUUGAUCUCUAUUCCAGAAGGAUCUAUUGAUCCAGGCAUUGCGGGCUUAGCUGUAACGUAUGGGCUUAAUCUAAACAACUUACAAGCGCUGGUUAUUUGGAAUCUUUGCUAUAUGGAAAAUAUAAUGAUAUCAGCUGAGAGAAUACUUCAAUACGCUAGCCUGCAGAGUGAGCCCCCUCUUUUAAUAGAACCAAGCCAGCCAGAUCAGUCUUGGCCAUUUCAUGGAGAAGUUGAGAUUCUGGAUCUGCAGGUCCGGUAUGCUCCCCACCUGCCACUUAUCUUGCGAGGUCUUUCAUGCACUUUUCCGGGUGGAAAGAAAACUGGCAUUGUGGGAAGAACAGGCAGUGGUAAAUCAACUCUCAUACAAACACUCUUCAGAAUUGUUGAACCUGCUGCUGGUCAGAUUAUGAUAGACGGAAUCAACAUAUCUCUGAUGGGAUUGCAUGAUUUGCGCUCUAGGCUGAGCAUUAUCCCUCAGGAUCCGACCAUGUUUGAAGGGACUAUAAGAAGCAACCUGGAUCCGCUUGAAGAAUACACAGAUGAACAAAUAUGGGCGGCCCUGGACAAGUGUCAACUUGGAGAUGAGGUUCGGAAGAAGGAAGGAAAGCUUGACUCAACAGUCACUGAGAAUGGAGAGAAUUGGAGUAUGGGACAGAGGCAGCUGGUCUGUCUUGGCCGUGUGCUACUCAAGAAAAGUAAGGUUUUAGUGCUUGAUGAAGCUACAGCAUCUGUAGAUACAGCUACAGAUAAUCUGAUUCAGCAAACCCUUCGUCAACACUUUUCUAGCUGCACGGUUAUAACCAUUGCACAUCGUAUAACUUCUGUUCUUGACAGUGACAUGGUUCUUCUACUAAGUCAUGGGCUUAUAGAGGAAUACGGUUCUCCUGCAAGGUUGCUAGACAACAAGGCAUCAUCCUUUGCUCAGCUUGUGGCAGAGUACAGUACAAGGUCAAAUUCCAAUCUUGAAUAGUUUGGUUGCACAUUUAAAUGUCCAGAGCUGGAUUCUGGAGAGAUGAGUUCCUUGACAAUGACGAAAAGGCUUGUUGCAAUUACAAAUGUAUCGUUUUUUAUCUAUGUGCUAAACUGUGGUGAUCAUAGAUAUUAAUUGUCUAAUGUGGUUGUAGUUUUUAUAGUUUAAGUACAAACAACGCCUUAUUCGUAAUAAUAAUGAUGAUGAAAAAAAAAAAAAAAAAAAACCGUCUAAAAUAGUUUUCUUUUGUGCCUUCUGCGUUUUUUGUACUACUUUAUAAAAAUUAGUGUUCCAAGCAGCU